CACAAAGAACUGCCACUUUGCUAGUUAUGGUUUUGGUUUCCACAAUGAACAACAACAACUCCUAUGGUUCAAAUAAGGUACAAACAAUCAUCGUUGUUGAUAUUUACACUAAAGCAACAAUGCAAGACCAUUUCACAAAUUCAACAAGUCCAUGCUCAAGCCAUUACCAAUGACCACCUCUCUUCUUUUCACUCUACUCUUAUCCUCACUCAAAUCCUUCAUUCUUUCACUUCCCUUCUCUCUUCUCUUCCUUUACAACCCAACACACAUCACUAUGCCACUCGUUAUUUCACCUCCAUUUUCAGCCGCAUUGAAAACCCAUCAACUUUCUGUUACAAUACUAUCAUUCGAGCCCACACCCUUCUCUUUUCCCCAAAUACCUCUUUUUUAUAUUUCCUCAAAAUGCACCGAAAUUCGGUCCCACCAGAUUCCCAUACUUUCCCUUUUGUUCUCAAAGCUUGUGCUUUACUGAAUUCUCUGUCCCUAGGCAAGACCCUUCAUUCUCAAGCCUUGAAAUUUGGGUUUUUAGCUGACGUUUUCGUGUGUAAUAAUCUUGUUCGUGUGUAUACCGUCAGUGGUAAUACUAGUGACGCCCAUAAGGUGUUUGAUGAAAGUUGUUGUAGAGAUGUUGUUACUUAUAAUUUAAUCAUUGAUGGGUAUGUUAAAGCGGGUGAGAUGGACAAAGCGAGGGUAGUGUUCGACGAAAUGCCUGAAAGAGAUGCAGUUUCUUGGGGCACCCUUUUGGCUGGAUAUGCAAAAUUGAACCAGUGUAAAGAGGCUAUUGAGCUGUUCGAUCAAAUGGUUUCGCUAAAUGUAAAAUUUGAUAACGUUGCGUUGGUUUCUGUUCUCUCAGCUUGUGCACAACUGGGGGAACUAGAAAAGGGAAAGACCAUACAUGAUUAUAUUAAAAAGAAGGGGAUUCACAUAGAUUCAUAUUUGUGUACUGGAUUGGUAGAUCUAUAUGCCAAAUGCGGCUGCAUUGAGAUUGCUAGGGAGAUAUUUGAGACAAGUUGGGAGAAGAAAAUGUUUACAUGGAAUGCUAUGCUAGUUGGAUUAGCCAUGCAUGGUCAUGGCCAGUUAUUGUUUGAUUACUUCUCAAGAAUGGUGGAAGGUGGUGUUAGGCCUGAUGGGGUAACGUUUUUGGCACUGUUGGUAGGAUGUAAUCAUGCAGGUCUUGUUCAGGAAGCUAGAAGGUUCUUUGGAGAAAUGGAAGAGGUUUAUGGUGUUCGUCGAGAACUAAAACAUUAUGGGUGUAUGGCGGAUUUGCUGGCACGUGCAGGGUUGAUUAAAGAAGCUAUGGAGAUGAUAGAGGCAAUGCCAAUGGCUGGUGAUGUGUUUGUGUGGGGUGGUUUGCUUGGUGGGUGUAGGAUACAUGGGCACGUUGAGCUUGCUGUUAAAGCUGCUGAAAAUGUGAUGGAGGUGAAACCGGAAGAUGGUGGGGUUUAUUCAAUCUUGGCAAAUGUGUUUGCAGAUGCUGGCCGUUGGGAUGACUUGGUCAAUGUAAGGAGAAGAAGAGAUUGUGCACAGAUCAAGAAGAGUGCUGGUUGUAGUUUGAUUCAGUUGAAUGGGAUGAUACAUGAAUUUAUUUCAUGGGAUGACUUGCAUCCUCAAAGCAACGAGAUAUAUUCUGUCUUAAAUUGUCUGCAACUCAAUUUGAAGCAUUCUAUAGCCAGUAGAUUUUGAUGAACUAACAAUACAUUCUUUUCACUGAUACUACUAUACUACUGUCAUUUGACUAGUAAAAUAGUUCUUAAAGUAACA